UCGCUAGGUCCACUUCCCUUAUUUAUCAAAUGUGUUCCGUGGAUGUUUUGAUUUGGAUGUCACACGUCGGACGGUGAAUUCUUGUCGAGAAUAGCUUGAGUUCACAAACAUGUCGUUCGCCGGUUUCAAAAAGCAAUGGAAUAAGGCAAACCAGUUUAUGAGUGAGAAAGUUGGUGGUGCAAAGGGAACGCAACUUGACGAAGAAUUUCAAGAAUUGGAAAAAAGAACAGAUGCUACAGGUGUUACCGUCACGCAACUUUUAUCAAAAACUAAAGAAUAUCUUCAACCAAACCCAAAUGCCAGGGCGAAAUUGUCAAUGCAAUCAGCUGUGGCAAAGGCAAGAGGCCAUCAAGCACAAAUGAGGUAUCCUCAACCAGAGGCAACUCUCGGUGAAACCAUGGUUAAAGGUCAGCAGGAUCUUGGUGAUGAAUCUUUGUUGGGUGACGCUUUAGGAGAAGCAGGUGAUAUAUUCAGGCAGUUGGCUGAAAUAAAAGAUAAUUUGGACGCUGAAGUGAAGCAGAAUUUCCUGGAUCCUUUAUAUCUUCUGGAAAGCAAGGAAAUCAAAGAAAUAAAUCACCAUCGUAAGAAGAUGGAAGGUAGAAGGCUUGACUUUGACUGUAAGAAGCGAAAAGGAGCUAAGCUGCCCGCCGAAGAAAUCCGCGCUGCCGAAGAAAAGUUUGAAAGUUCAAAGGCCAUAUGCUAUAAUGCUAUGUUGACUCUGGCGGAGGGCGAGGAUGAGCAAAUCACUCAGCUGGCUGAUUUCGUGAAAGCUGUAAUGGAAUAUCAUCAAAAGUCCCACGAACUCUUGGAAGGACUGGCUUCUUCACUUGAAGAUAAGGUGAGCGAGGCAUCCGGCAGGCCUCGCAAAGAAAGAAGAACGGUAAAUGAAUCAAAAUGGAAUGAUGACGACGACGACGAUGAUGACAACAGGACUAUUGGUGGAUUUUCGGUGUCACCCGCUCCAGUGAAGAAAAAUGCCGAUAAGUCGGAGCCUUGUGCAAAGGCUCUCUUUGACUUUGAACCAGAAAACGACGGAGAGCUGGAAUUUUCUGAAGGUGACAUGAUUAUUUUGACCGGUCGAAUUGACGAGAACUGGCUGGAAGGAAGAGUAAACGGUAAAAGUGGAUACUUUCCCGAAAAUUACGUUGAUAUAAUUAAGGAUUUACCCUAAAUAUUGUAUCUAAAUGAACUCAUUCAUCUCUCAAUACUCCUGUGCAUUCCUGAACAUACAAAAACAGUUCGAGAAUAUUGGAGAAUUUUGCUCUAAAACUAAACGAUAAAUGACAAAAAAAAAAGAAUGACCAAAGUUUACGGUGUCAAUAUUUCACAAUACUUUUAUCUCGGAAAUUUCUCGCAUUGACUGAUAUUAGAAUUUAUGAAGCAUGUUAAACUACUGUUCUUUUAUUAUAACUAGACAUUUGAAGUACAUAUUUGCAAUGUAAUUUAACAAGUACCAAUACAAUAAUUAUAAUUUCAAACAAAGUUUUUACGAGUCAAA